AAGGGCAAAGGCGCCUCCUCCUCUGGAGCGAACAACAUCCCUCUAGGUAAGGGUGUUGGUGGCGGUGCUGCCGCCAAAAAAUCCACCCCUGCCGCCGAGUCUCUCCCCCAGUUGGAGGAGAGUGCAUUCGCCGGCUUGCGACAGAAGAUCGAACAGCGCUUGAAGGAUCAAAACAACGCCAAGCAGAAGUCGAAGAACGGCAAGGGAAAGUCGGCACCGGCUGAUACACCCAAGAAGAACCAGCCGGUUGCGUCGAAACCUCAGCCGAAGCAGGCGUCCGCCGACGAUAAGAACAACAACAAGGGAAAGAAGCGCGAUCGCAAUGGUGAUGUGAUUGCUGGGGAGGCGAAGAAGGACAUCGGAAAGGGAAAGCCCAAGAGCAAGGAGGAUAGUGACGAUGUUCUGAUGCAGGAGAUUCUGGCCCUUGGGGGUACGGAAGAGGACUUGGAUCUCUUGGCUGGUGUCGACUCCGAAUCCGAGGUCGAGGAUGCAACCGAGAAGAAAUCCAAGGGCAAGUCUGAGGACGACUUUCUGAGGAAGGAGCUGGCUAGCAUGCUGGCUGCUGCAGGUCAGGUGGUUCCGGAGGACCUUGAAGACGAUGAAGUUGAAGAAGAAGAAGAGGAGGAGGAGGAGGAGGAAGAGGAAGAGGAAGACGACGAUGAAGAGACUGGAGGCAUGGAGGUCGAAGCUGAAGAUGACGAGGAGGACGUGGAAGAGGACGAAGAAGAGGCCUCAGAGGAUGAACCUCCCACGCCAGCCUUGAAGGACGACAAGAAGGCCGCCAAGCAGGCCGCUCCUGAGAACAUCUUCCCCAAGGAGUUCUCCAAAUUGUCCGUUCCUCCGAGGUCCGACUGGUUCAUGAUCGAACUUCCACCCAUUGCGAAGAAGGAAUCGAACCCUGUAGCCCGCCACCUGAUCGAGCGAUUCCACACUUACGCAAACUCGCUUCUCGAAAAGGAGGCUAAAGAAUACGCAGAUGCGCAAGCAGCUUCUGCCUCUUCGUCCCACAAGUUCUACAGUACUAUUAUGUCCACUGGUACGCUCAGCGAUAAGAUCUCCGCUUUGACGCUUGCCGUACAAGAAUCGCCCCUUCACAACAGCAAGGCUCUGGAAAACUUGAUUGCCCUUGGCAAGAAGCGCAGUCGUGCUCAGGCCGUUGAAGUUCUUCGGUCGCUCAAAGAUAUGUUCGCCCAGGGAACCAUCUUGCCUAGCGAUCGCAGACUCCGGGCCUUCGCCAACCAGCCAUCGCUUGUGGCUGCCUUGCAAGGUGUGAGCAACCGCUGGGCUGAGGGAGAUGCUCUCCCCAAUGGUCUUCAGAACAGCCACCUGAUUGUCUGGGCCUACGAACAUUUCCUAAAGGAUCAGUACUUCGAGGUUCUCAAGAUUCUUGAAGUCUGGUGCAACGACGAGAUCGAUUUCUCUCGCUCUCGCGCUGUCAGCUACGUCUACGAAUUGUUGAAGGAGAAGCCUGAGCAGGAGACGAAUCUGUUGCGCCUGUUGGUGAACAAGCUUGGUGACACGUCUAAGAAGAUUGCCUCGCGGGCCUCUUACCUACUUUUGCAACUCGAACAGGCGCAUCCUCUCAUGAAGUCCACAAUUGUUUCAGCUGUUGAGGAAGUUCUCUUCCGGCCUGGUCAAAGCCAGCACGCCAAGUAUUACGCUAUCAUCUCACUCAACCAGACGGUCCUGAGUCUCAGGGAGGAGAAGGUUGCUGAGAAAUUGCUCGACAUCUAUUUUGCCCUCUUCGUUUCGCUAUUGAAGCCUGCCAAGGAAGACAAGGGCAAGGGCUACAAGGGCAAGAGGAAUGGCAAAUACGGAACUAAGGGCAAGGGCAAGGGCAAGGACGACGAUAAGGGUCAGGCGCAAACUGAAGAAAUGCAAGACAAGUUGACAUCCGCGGUCUUGACCGGUGUGAACCGAGCUUAUCCCUUUACAAGCUCCGACAGUGAACGCCUGACGAAGCACCUCGGCACUCUUUUCCGCAUCACGCACUCUUCCAACUUCAACACGAGUAUCCAGGCCCUUAUGCUGAUCCAGCAAUUGACGGCCUCCCACCAGGUCGGUGCGGAUCGCUUCUACCGGACUCUGUACGAAUCUCUGCUUGAUCCUCGCCUGGCAACGUCCUCCAAGCAAUCCCUUUACCUCAAUUUGUUGUUCAAGUCCUUGAAGAACGACUUAAACACUCGCCGUGUCAAGGCCUUUGUCAAGCGUCUCCUUCAAAUCCUCGGAAUGCACCAACCCGCAUUCAUUUGCGGUGUCUUCUACUUGAUUCGUGAGCUGGAGAAGACGUUCCCCGAUCUCCGCGCCUUGUUUGACCAGCCCGAGCUGAACGAAGACGAUGAGGAGGAAGUCUUCCGGGACGUUCCUGACGAGGACGAUGAGCCUCAAGAACAGCCCGAAGAGACCAAACCCGAGAAGCCGUCUACUCGUUACGACCCCCGUAAAAGAGACCCCGAGCACAGCAACGCCGACCGCACGUGUCUCUGGGAACUUCUGCCCUACCUGUCUCACUUCCAUCCCUCCGUCUCGGUCAACGCGGCUCAUUUACUUGAUCACCAGGUGAUGAGCGGACAGCCCGACUUGACUAUCCAUACUCUCACCCACUUCCUCGACCGCUUCGUUUACCGCACUCCCAAGGCGGCUGCGGCCACCCGUGGAGCCUCGAUCAUGCAGCCUCUUGCCGGCAGCGAUGCCAAGGAUCGCCUUGUCGCCGCCGUCAAGACUGGCGCGCAGCUGCCGCUCAACUCGGAAGCCUUCUGGAAGAAGAAGGCGGAAGAUGUGGCGGCGGAGGAUGUCUUCUUCCACGAGUACUUCAACCGGGUCGGCAAGGGCCAGGAGAAGGACAAGGCUCGCAAGAAGAAGGCCGACAAGGAUGCGGGUGACGAGGACGAGGACGGCGAGCUCAGCGACGCCGAGUCCGAGAUCUGGAAGGCUCUGGUGGACUCUCGGCCUGACCUGGAAGCUGGUGUCAGCGACGACGACGACCUGGAUCUGGACGACUUGGAGUCUGCCUACGACCAGAGCGACGAUGAAAACGCCGGCGGUGACGAUGAAGUGGAGAUCAACCUCGACUCUGACGACGAGAUGGAGGACAUCGACGAGGUCCCUGCCCCGGCCAAGAAGACGAAGAAGGCCAAGGCAGAGCAGGAGCCUUCGGACGACGAGGAUGUGUUCGACAUGGACGUAUCGGACGAGGAGGCGUUCAUCGACAGCGACGAAGAGCUGCCGUCGGACGUGGAGCUCGACGCUCACCUGCCGAGUGCGUCCAAGGACGAGAAGGAGAAGGAGAAGGACAGUGGGCGCAAGAAGCGGCGCAAGCUCAAGCACCUGCCUACCUUCGCGUCGAUGGAGGAUUAUGCGGCCCUGCUGGCCGGGGAAGACGAGGGUAUGUGA